AUGGCUUCUGCGCUCCAGGACAGUCCUACCGUCGGGAGAACACAGGCCUUGUACACGGCCAAUAGCCCGUUGCCAACACCGUCGUCAACGGGGAGCUCGAGUUCGAGACGGACAGUACCCCCGAGUCCUCUCCAGUCGAGCUCAUCUCCGCCGACGAGUCCCGGCUCGCGAUCAGACUUUGCUCCCGGCACUGUCCCACGCAUCGUGACGACCGGCCCAGAAGAAACAGUCUCGCAGGUUUCCGAGAAGACAUACUAUAACAGUUGCUCCUCAGGCAGCACCACGCCUGAGGAUAGAAGCCCUGGACCGGCUCCCUCGCCUCGCGAUCUCCGGUUUCCGAAUGAAGGUCGCAGUAUCUCUGACCCCGUUGUAACCGCCCAGCCUCCCGCGGGUGCUGCGCCAGGCCAGUCCUCGACGAUGGCGGGUCCAGCGAGUGAGCGGGCAGAGCCCGUCAAGAACGCACAACCGAGGAACUCGUCGAUAGAUUCUGCGAUUUCCGCGAUAUCUUCCCGGUCUAGCCUUAAUAAGGCGUCGCAGGACAGCGUCGUUGGGACCACCGAUAUUGCGAACCUCAUCAAGGCGGCCGGCAACGCCGAAGCAGUGAUUCAAUAUUUGUUGAAAGAGAAGCAGGCGCAAUCGCAGCAAAAUGCGCAGCUCUGGAGAUUGGUCGACAAGCAGAGAGCGAUGAUUUUGGGUCUGAACAAGGAUCUAGAACGAGCGCUGAAGGAUAAAGAGAAAUACAGGAAGAAGCUGAAGGAGGUCCUGGAUGGACAAGGAGCGCAGUCGACAGCACCUUCUGGAUCGGCACCGGCGGCGCAAAGAGCGGACCAAAAUGGACCCAGCGGUGCUGGUUCCUCGCCCACGGAACGGGUGUUGGAGGUUCCAAUAUCACCGACGGCAAUGGAGCCGGAGCAGAAGCAGUCGCCCGUUGACGUCUCUCUAGCCCCCUAUCCCGUAACACCCCCAGCAGACCGCACGACUGCCAAUAGUACCCAGUCGGCCGUCGGCGGGAUCCUUGACCCUUCGCACACGAUGCCGAAGCCGAGCGAGCAUGCACUCGAUAAAUAUGACCAUGAGGCGCAGGAGCGGGAGGCGGAAGCCGCGGCAAGGCGAGCGGAAGAGGCCAAGGACCUUCCCAUCAACUUGAAUCUGCCACCGUCGCGUACCGCGCCCCAUGAACCGCCACGGAUGCCCCCGCCGCAGCCACCUGUUGGGCUGCCAGGUCGAUCUCCGAAACCCGAAGAAGGCGCCUCAAAGUUCCCUCCACCGCCGGCGCCCCCACCGCGGAAGCCUCCUCCUGCUCCGCUGCAUCUAAAGAAGGAGAAGGCGAAGGCGAAGCCCGCUGUUGCCCCGGAGGAUGAGCCGGAGACGGACACCGAUUACGAUCACAUUCUCGAGGUUGGCGGGAGUGAUCGUGAGGAACGAAGGGGUCGCCGAAGAACGCGGGAAGAGGACGAGCGGGAACGCGAAAUCCUCGCCAGAAAGGAGGCAGAAAUGCGGAGUCUGUCGAAAAAGAGCAAGAAGAGCGGCAGCCGGAAGGCUACGGACAAGGAAAAGGAACAGGCGCCUCCGAGCGAGGUGCCUGCCAGUCCCAGGCUGGUGCAGACAGGCCUUCACCCGCCACGGGGGCCCGCAUCGCUGGCAGGAGUAUUAAGCGGCAGCUCGGAUCCCCGAAGGCUUGAUGCACCCUUGUUAAGCCCCGGCCUCCCGUCGAGUCCGAGACCGAUGGCUCUGGGCUCCCCCGUUAACUCUCCGCCGCUGUCUCCUAUGGGCGCUGCGGCGCCCCUAUCCCCGCGGCCACCGCGAGCACCCAUUCCGUUGCCCCCCAAUACUCCGCUCCAGACGCCUUCGCCCGCCGGAGAACCCCUGGCAUUGAAGUCGCCUCGACCGCUUAACAUCGUCAAGCAGGGAGAGUCUGGUAACGCAACGCCGAGCCCGACAAAGUCGAGCACCGACAGUCCGGUAGAACGGACCAGGAUUUUCAAGGGCUUUGUGACCGAUGAGUACCCCAACCUGUUGCUCCCGCCCAAUGCACUUCCGUCCAUCGAUAUCAAGGUGGCAUCCUCGCGCAUGAAGCCCUCUCGAGCUAGCCUGCUCUCGCUGACGCAGUUGGAGGAGGACCCGGUCUUCACUCUGGCAGUCUAUUCAAGAGCAGACGGCGGAGAGCUCUGGCGGAUCGAAAAGGAUUCCGCGUCGCUUGCCAAGCUAGACCAGAGGUUGAAGCAGUGCCCAACCUUCACGGCAAGGACGCCGGAUCGGUCGCUCUUCAGUGGGCAUGCGCCGGCGAAACUUGAUGCCCGGCGUAUCGCCCUCAACCAGUACCUGGACGAGCUGUUGAACACGCCGCUGGACAAUGCAACGGCGCUUGAGCUCUGCAAGUACCUGUCCACGAACACCUUGCCGCCCCAUGCGGAUGAAACGGGGAACUCGACGGGGGAUUCCAAUGGUGAGCCGCAGAAAGUUGGGCCAGGCGGCCGUCCGUUCCGCAACGGUUACCUGACGAAGCGUGGCAAGAACUUUGGAGGCUGGAAGGCGCGGUACUUUGUCCUCGACGGCCCACAUCUGAGGUACUAUGAAACCCCCGGCGGCGCCCAUCUGGGUACCAUCAAGCUUCAGAAGGCCCAGAUCGGCAAGCAGGCGCAUCACAGUGAAGGCCCACAGGGCCACGGACCGGCGGCGGAGGAGGGCGACAACCAGUAUCGCCACGCCUUCCUGAUCCUGGAGCCGAAAAAGAAGGACCCCAACAGCAUGACAAAGCACGUCUUGUGCGCUGAGAGUGACAGCGAGCGUGAUCAAUGGGUCGAUGCUCUGCUCCGGUGGAUUGACUACCGGGAUCCGGACGAGGAGGAGACGCCGCCUAAGAAGGAUCACGCGCAUGACCGACACGGCAGCGGGAAUGUCAAGAAGAAGGCGCAUGGUCAGGGGAAGCAGCCGCAACCGCAGGCAGCGGGCACCGACGAAACGAUUGGAAUGAGCUACGAAGCCACCAAGCAAGGUGAUGCGCCACAAAGCGUUCCGUCCAAGGGGAAGCAGCCCGGACAGCAUGAUCACGACCCGAAUCACGGCCAUUCCACAUCUUCGUACACGAUCUCAGCACCGAGCAAUCCCCACGUAAUCUCCAACUCGGAGUUGUGGGGGAGCAAGCUGGCGAUGGGGCUCAAUGCGCCGACGCAGGAAGAGAAGAAGGCGCGGAAGCGUAGCUUCUUUGGGUUUGGUCCGAAGACACGAACGUCGAGCGACGGCCAGGACUCGCUGUUCGGAAGUGAAGGCAGCAACUCUCUGCCCGUCAGCCAGUACCACGGACCCGUCCGGCAGGUAUUCGGUGCUACCCUGGCAGAGGCUGUUCGCUACAACGCUCCCGUAGACGUCAGGGUGCCAUUGCCUUCUGUCGUGUACCGGUGUAUCCAAUACCUCGACGCAAAGAAUGCUGUCCUGGAGGAGGGUAUCUUCCGUCUCAGCGGGUCCAACCUGGUCAUCAAGCAGCUCAAGGAACGAUUCAAUACCGAGGGCGAUAUCAACCUGCUUACUGAUGGACAAUACCACGACAUUCACGCGGUCGCUUCGCUCCUCAAGCUGUACCUCCGCGAACUGCCGACCACGAUUCUCACCAACGACUUGCGUAUGGAGUUCAUUGCCGUCACGGAGAUGACCAACCACAAGGAGAAGAUGGCUGCGCUUGCCGAGCUCGUGGAGCGGCUCCCGCAGGCCAACGCCGCGCUGCUGAAGUACCUGAUUGCCUUCCUGAUCAAGAUCAUCGACAACUCGGACGUCAACAAGAUGACGGUGCGCAACGUCGGAAUCGUCUUCUCGCCCACGCUCAACAUCCCCGCGCCGGUGUUUGCCAUGUUCCUGCAGAACUACCAGGCCAUCUUCGGGAUCGACCCCUCCGAGUAUGAGCUUCCCGUGACCGAGCCCGAGUUCCCGCAAGAGCGCCGUCCGUCGCUCCCCGCGUCCUUCCAGGAACGGCGGCCGUCGGACGGGCGACCGUCAACCUCCCACAGCGACUCGCCGCACAGGCAGCGGCUGAUGGAGCAGCUGGAAGGGCAGAACAGAAGCACGCCCACGCCGCCACCCAUGACGAUGCAACAGAUGGCCCAGAUGAACGCGGCAACCAUGCAUUCGAGAAGCACGCCGACGCCUCCGCCCCACAUGAGACCGGUGUACGAAAGUGGCUUCGGCCCGGCGGCAGGCAUCGACCACAGCCAGCACAAGGCCAGUCCGGGAUACGACAGGCCGCUCUACGAGAACGGGCUGACGCCGGCGCCGUACGAACAACCGUACAGGAGCCGACGCGAGAGCGCCAUGUUCAUGGGCACCCUCAGCCAGCAGCCUUCCAAGAGCCGCUUGCGCGAGGAGGCUCAGUACUGA